AUCGUGUGUAUGUACUCCACAAAGUAGCAACCAUGGCACCAAAUAAGCCCAAGAAUGCACCUAAGAAAGCACCCAAGGCAUCAUCAUUAAAGGAAUUAGAGAAAAAGAAGAAGCAAGUGUUUAAACCAAUACUAGAUAAUCCAUAUACACAAUCUAGCACAUGGCCAUUUGUAGAACCAGAAAUAGCUGCCAGUAUUCUUGACUUUUUAGAAGUGUUGUUGUCACCAACAGGCAAAUACAAGGCAUCAGAUGUAAAAGUGAAACAACAAGUUACAGAGCCAGAGAUCGUCAAGCAUAUAUAUCAUGGAUUCAAUGCUACAGUUCAAGCAUUAGAAGAUCAAGCAGGGAUAAAUCGAGGGAUACGAAAACAAAAAGAGACAACAGCCCAACCACAAAUAACGCAUUUAUUUAUAUGUAAAUAUGAUAUUACUCCUACAUUACUUACAAGUAUGUUCCCCGUCCUUAGUUAUACUGCGUCAAAAAGUUCAGAAUCUAGAGUGAAAUUGGUUCAAUUACCACGAGGAAGUAUGGAAAGGAUAUCUAAAGCAUUGGGGGUUGACAAUACAGGGAUAGUUGGAUUCAAAGAAGGUUGUCCCGGAGCUGAAGCGCUCUUUGAGUUAGUCAAUUCCAAUAUCAAAGAUGUCGAAGUUCCUUGGCUUGAAGGGUUGUUAACUGGGGAAAGUCAUAUGAAGUUUGUACCACCAGCGUUGAGAAAUAUAGCCACCACUGCUCCAGUACAUAAUCCCAAGAACAACAGAGGAAAACAAGAGCAGUUAAACAAGAGCAAAUCAAAAGUAGAAAGUAAGAGUGACGAUGUAUAGUUUAUAGAGUUGUGUACAUAAAACGCGUCUUGUACG